AUGCGUGCCUUAAUCCCAUCCCGUGGUCUCCUCCUCCGGAAUCAGAAUACGAUAUUCCCUGCCUUCAACUCUACCUCAUGGACAUGCCGACGAUGUCUCUCAUCUCUACGGAAACCUUCAACCUUCCAAGCUAUUAGGACGGGAACAAAAGCUACCCCUCGUCGAAGUGGCAAAAUAGUAUUGGGCGUCCUCGGAGGUACGAUAGUAGGGGCGGCGGUCUUCGGGCUCGUGACAGAUGUGGGGCAUGCGGUUGCUGCUGUGGAAAGGGCGGGUCGGGUCGCCAGUGCGUUGGCGCUGUGCAUAAAUGAUUAUCGAGUUGCUUUGAGGAUCCUUGAUAGUGACCCGGAUAAUGAAACAGUGCUCUCGAAAUGCCAUAAACGAACCUACAAGGUACUCGAGAAGAAUGGCUCGAUAUUCAUCAAGCUCGGACAGCAUCUGGCUGCCAUGGGAUAUCUUCUACCGGUGGAGUGGACUGAAACCUUUAUUCCUCUACAAGAUCGUUGCCCAGUUUCUAGUAUGGAAAGUAUUGAAAAAAUGAUUCUGGAAGACACCGGUCACUCAAUACCAGAACUCUUCUCAACCUUUGACCCAGUCCCCCUAGGAGCCGCAUCUUUGGCUCAGGUGCACCGGGCGAUAUUGAGAGAGACAGGCCAAGAGGUUGCGGUAAAACUACAACAUCCAUCAUUGGCGGAAUGGAUCCCUCUCGAUAUGCAAUUGACGAGAUUCUCAUUCGAAUACAUCAAGUGGUUCUUCCCGGAAUAUCCGUUGACCUGGCUCAGCGAUGAGAUGGAGGCAUCUCUGCCUCAAGAACUCGAUUUUGAAAGAGAGGCCAGCAAUAUUCACCGGGUAACAGAAUAUUUCAAGAACGUCAAAAAUACACCCGUGGUUAUUCCUAAAGUGAUUUGGGCAAAGCCAAGAAUAUUGGUAAUGGAAUAUCUUCCUGGAAAACGCCUCGAUGAUCUACAAUGGCUAGACAGCAAUGGUAUCUCUCGGGAUGAGGUUUCUGCUGCGUUGGCCAGAAUCUUCAACGAAAUGGUAUUUGGAAAUAAUGCACCACUGCACUGUGAUCCACACGGGGGAAACCUUGCAAUCCGGCUUACAGAUCCUUCAAAGAGAGGAUGGCGGAAGAGCAAGUUUGAGAUAAUAUUAUAUGAUCACGGCUUAUAUAGGGAAAUACCAAUGGAUCUGAGAAGAUCUUACGCAAAGCUCUGGUUGGCUGUGAUUGACGGAAAUGAAAAGAAUAUGAGGAGGUAUGCGAACGAAGUUGCGGGUAUCACAGACGAACAGUUCCCGUUAUUUGCUAGUGCUAUCACAGGGAGGGAUUUUACCGCUUUGCAAAAAGGAGUUGCACUUCCACGAAAUGAGGAAGAGAAGAAACAGAUUACUCAAGCUAUGACUGAGGGUCUUUUGGAACAACUAAUCCAACUACUCGCCAAUGUCCCGUCGGUUAUUCUGCUCAUCCUGAAAACAAAUGAUCUUACCCGUUCGCUUGAUGAGGGGCUCCAAACUGGUCGCGGUCCAGAAAGAACGUUCAUGAUCCUUGCGAGAUAUUGCUCGAGAGCUGUUUAUGAAGAAGCCCGCGAGGAAAUUGAGAAGCACGGCGGUUUGCUGAGAGUGGAGAACAUCAUCCGGUGGGUUUCGGCCCUAUGGGAGUACUUCCGUAUCGGUGCGAAGCUGAAAGUGUUCGAGAUGGGGAUCUACUGGAAAGAGGUUUUCUGUGGGGUGGGUACCACCGAAAUGGUACAAAAGAAGCUAUUGGAAGGUUGA